AUUUUGAUGUACAUUAUUGGAAAGAUAAACCAGCCAGCCACUCUAGUCUAACUAACAUGUCUCACCAACUCACAUAUCUAGAAGCAAUGAGGGUCACUUGUUCUCUCUCUCUCUGUCUCUCUCUAUAAAACCCACACCCCCAUAUCCUGCAAGGGCCGGCCAUAUUCUUAUCUUACGGGCAACACAACAAAGAAAGCAAGAAAGAGUGGUUCCCUCAUCAAUCAUUCCAAUUCCACCAACUCAACUCAACACAACACAACACAAAGAAGAAGAAGAGAAAUUAAUUAACAUGGGAAGGUCCCCUUGCUGUGAGAAAGCUCACACAAACAAAGGAGCAUGGACAAAAGAAGAGGAUGAUCGCCUCAUCGCUUACAUUCGAGCUCACGGCGAGGGCUGCUGGCGUUCUCUUCCCAAAUCCGCCGGUCUUCUCCGCUGCGGCAAGAGCUGCCGUCUCCGAUGGAUCAACUACCUCCGCCCUGACCUCAAACGUGGCAAUUUCACCCCUCAAGAAGAUGAACUCAUCAUCAAACUCCACAGUCUCCUGGGCAACAAAUGGUCUUUAAUUGCUGGAAGAUUGGCUGGAAGAACAGACAAUGAGAUAAAGAAUUACUGGAACACUCAUAUAAGAAGGAAGCUUUUGAGCAGAGGAAUUGACCCUGCUACUCACAGGCCUCUUAAUCAAGAACAAUCUGAAUUAGCACCAGCUGCCACCACAACCACUAUUUCUUUCAAACAAGAUGAAGAUCAUGAAGAUAACAAGACCGUGUUUGGGGAGAUUAAUAAGGAUUCAAAGGGAGGAUCCAUCUCCAUAGAACGCUGCCCUGACCUCAACCUUGAGCUAACCAUUAGUCCACCCCAUCAGCCAAUGAUAAAGAAAAGCAGCAGCCUCUGCUUUGACUGUAGUUUGGGACUGCAGAAUAGCAAGGACUGCACCUGUGAGAUUAAUACCGCUGCUGGUUAUGAUUUCAUGGAUUUGAAAACCAGUGUUCUUGAUUACAGAAGCUAGGACCGUGUAGCAGAAAUUAAUAUAGCUAGCUAUAGAUGGAGAUUGGAGAGGAAUGAGGAAAUGGAAUCCAUCAAUUUUUUGGAAUCUCUCUUAAUCUCUUUUUUCUUCUUUAAUUUGUAAAGUUAUCAAUUAGUUGUCUAUGCAAAAGAAUUAAAAGAUCCACUGCCAGUACAGUUCAACA